AUGUUCUCUACUCGUUUCUACACUCUCGUCUUCCUCGCCGUUGGCGUCGCUGUUGAAGCUGUUCCCGCACCGAUGAAGCGCAACGACGCGACCCCGGCUCUGGCAGCACGGGCGCCCCAGUUCUCAGUCAACAUCCCCAACACCAUCCCCGUCAGCGGCGCAUUCCCGAACGGCAUCACCGUUACGCCCCAGACGCCCUCGGGCAGCAUCGUCACGGGCAGCAACAACUCGACGCUCUUUGGCGCGUUUGGCUUCAAGCGCGAGGAGGGUGUUGAAGCGAGGCAGUUCAACUCCACCCUACCCAACCAACUCCCCGUCGAGGGUACCCUCCCAUUCGGCCUCACCGUCACUCAGGGCAUGCAGAACAGCACCGUUGGCCUUCCCUCAGGCUUUCCGUUCAAGCGCGGCGUUGAGGCUCGCCAGUUCAACUUCACCCUACCAAACCAGCUUCCUGUGGAGGGCACUCUCCCCUUCGGCCUCACCGUUACCCAGGGAACGCAGAACAGCACCCUCGGCCUUCCCGCAGGCUUCCCAUUCAAGCGCCAGUUCAACUUCACCCUGCCCAACCAGCUCCCCGUCGAGGGUACACUGCCCUUCGGCUUGACCGUCUCGCAGGGCGUGCAAAACAGCACUAUCGGAUUAUCGUCGGGCUUCCCGUUCAAGCGUGAAGACGGUGUUGAGGCGCGGCAGUUCAACUUCACCCUACCCAACCAACUGCCUGUCGCCGGCACCCUCCCUUUUGGCUUGACCGUCACGCCCGGCGCGCAAAACAGCACCGUCGGUCUCCCUGAGGGUUUCCCGUUCAAGCGCGAUGAUGACGGUGUUGAGGCGCGGCAGUUCAACUUUACUCUGCCCAACCAGCUGCCUGUUGAGGGCACUCUGCCGUUCGGGUUCACUGUUACGAAGGGCGCACAGAACAGUACUGUUGGGUUGCCUGCGGGCUUUCCUUUCUGA